AUGGCUGCCGACGCAAAUGCCGUCGUCUCUCUGUACCGCGCGUUCCACAGGGAGAUUCGUCUCCUGCCUACCAAUUAUCUCCGGCAUUUCUACAAGAUCAAACUGGGCGACGACGCCAGAGCUCUUCUGAGAGUCUACGAUCUCCAUCAACGUGCCAAGAGGAUGAAACGUGUCCAAAAGGAGCUGAACAACCUGCGUCUAGCAAACCGCGGCCUCGCUAUUAAAUUCGACCAUGUACUCGAUCUCGCCUACGGAAGAAAGGGGAAGCUCAGAUGGGAACUGCUCGAGCCCAUUAUGACAGACCCCGCGUCUCCACUACCAGACCCCAUCAUCCCUUCCGUACAGGCCUCAAGACCUCCUGUGCUCUCACCGGAGCUCGCGGCAUUGAUGACCAGCAAUGUGUCACACAAGACCAAGGGAAUUCCUCAUCAACAUAUCUUACAUCCCCCCAUACUUCCCAACCGAGCCGACCCAGGUUCCUAUGAAGCGCGGAUACUAGGUCCUUUCAGCAAACGAAGAGAGGUCAACAUCCGGCGCAAGUAUUUCAACGACAACAUCCGGAUGAUCUACCCGCCCCUCGAUGUUGGCGUGGACCGGGAGCAGAAUCCGACUCUCCAUUCGCAGGAGCGUCGGGUGGACGCGGAGACGUUGCAGCAAGCCGGCGUCCGCCCGCUGGCUUUGCAAGGACUGGGCCUUUUUGAAGAGGUCCUCUCGCUCGCGACGACGGGCCGUCUGCUCAACUCGGAUGAACCAGCCUUCGCGAAUCACCACCUCUCGCCGCGCUUCCUCAGGCGGCGGUUCAUAAGCUUGCUGAGGCGGCUGCCCAUGCUCACGUACUUGCACCCGCGCGAGCAGAGCAAGAAGAUAGACGGGCUCAUCACGCGGGUUUACACGGCAACGCUCUCCCCGGAGCAGGAUAGCCUCCACACCAACUUCGCACAUGAGACUGACGUGGCGUGGUUUAACACGAUCAAAGCAGAGCCUAGGGCCAGAAACAGACGCGCACACGCCCGUUGA